UGUAGUACGUCAUCACUUAUUGUGAUCAUCACAGUCACGAGAGUUUAGCCAGAAGAAACUUUUCUUGCCAAGUUCACAUCUGUUGGAGGUACCCUCAAGACUGUCAAGAUGGCUAUGAGUGAUCAAGAUGUCCAGAGACAGAUUAAGCACAUGAUGGCUUUCAUAGAGCAGGAAGCUAAUGAGAAAGCAGAAGAAAUUGAUGCUAAGGCUGAAGAAGAAUUUAACAUAGAGAAGGGGAGGCUGGUUCAGCAACAGAGAGUGAAAAUCAUGGAGUAUUAUGAGAGGAAGGAAAAACAAGUGGAAUUGCAGAAGAAAAUUCAAAGUUCCAAUCUUCUGAAUCAGUCAAGACUUAGGAUUUUAAAGACCAGAGAGGACCUACUGAAGAAUUUGAUGGAGGAAGCCAGACAGAGAUUGGGUCAAAUCACAAAGGACAGACUGAAGUACAAAAAGUUUCUGGAAGGACUAAUUGCUCAGGGGCUGUUUCAGCUUAUCGAGGCCUCCGUUGUACUGAGGUGUAGACAGGAAGACUUGGACAUAGUGAAGGAGUCGCUUCCCUCUGCGGUUCAGCAGUACAAGGCAGCCACAGGUAACGAUGUCUCCAUUAGUAUCGACACCGACAAUUUCCUCGGCAACGACGUGUCUGGCGGAGUGGAGCUCCUGGCACAAGGAGGAAAGAUCCGAGUAGAGAACAUGUUGGAAAGUCGUCUAGCUCUGAUUAGUCAACAGAUGAUUCCUGAACUUAGAACAAUUCUGUACGGAGAAAACCCGAACAGAAAAUUCAACGAUUAAAGCCGGAAGACGUUGUAGUAAAAGCAUGUCUAGUUCGUUGUAUCUCUUCAAAUUAUGUGAAAUAGACAUACAGUAUCUAGUCAAUGGUUGCUUACUAAUUAGCAUUGUCAUGUGAAAUGGGGGAGAAAUUGCUGUGCAGUUUGUACCACUACAUGUUUUUAUCUAUUUUGGGAGGGGGGAUGUAAGUUGGGUUGGAUUUUUUUCCCCUUAGUUUUUGCCAUUAUUAAAAAAUAUAGGGUUUUGGGAACAAGAACAUGUAACAUUGAACGUUGUAUAUUCUGAUAGAAAUAUAUCUAGCAAUUGACAUUGUUCAUUUGUUUGUUUGGGGUUUUUUUUGGGGGGGGGGGUCAAUUACUUAAAGUUCGUUUAAUGAAAUUUACCAUCAGAUUAAAAUCAAUCAUACAUAUACAUGUAUAAGAUAUUGGAGUGUUUACUCGAGUGAACAAAUGAUUCUGAGAUUUUUGCGUGUUUGAAAUCCAUGACAUGAUUUAUUAUACGGGAGUUGUUUCCCUUUGGUCGGAAACUUCUCCUUCCAUAUACGCAGUGUAUUAAGAUGUAGCCCAGAGGUAGACCAUUAGUCAUGUCAAAGGUACUGUGAUCAUUCCAUUCAUAUAAAUUUAUCUGUCAGUUCUAUAUGCAUUGUACCAUGUAUAUUGUUGGUAUUUAAUCAGGAUAAUAAAACGAUACAAUAAAGUUA